AUGACUGAGGGCGCCCUAACUCUCCUGAAGAAGGAGCGCCAGCAGUGGCGGCGCAAUCCUCUCAAGGGAUACGAGGCCCAUCCGCGGAGGAACAAGAACGGGACCCUCAACUACAUGCUGUGGGACUGCGGCGUGCCCGGCAAGAAGGGCACCCCCUGGCAGGGCGGCAUCUUCUGGCUGGAGGUGACCUUCACCGAGGAGUACCCCACGAAGCCACCGCAGUGCAAGUUCGUGCCCACCGUGCUGCACCCGAACGUGUAUCCGUCGGGUAUCGUGAAGUACCCGCUUCUGGAGGAGGACUGGCAGCCCGGCAUCACCCUCAAGUGCCUGAUGACGUGCAUCCAGGAGCUGCUCUACAUGCCCAACAUGAACGACGCGGUCGCGAUGCGGGCCGUCUACCUGAUGAAGUGGCGGCCCCGCGACUACAACAGGAUCGUCCGCGCCCAGGCCCACGACAUGUCCCCCAUGAUGUCCUCCGACGAAGAAGAUUGA